UCCGAUCCAGAGGCCGCUGUUACCCCUCCCCGCCAGGGUGGGCGCUGUGGGUUGACGCCGCUCAGCGAGACCGACUUGCAUCCUCCCGGGCGCAGCGCGGCGCUACAGGCAGCGGUCAGCUAAAACCUUCACGGCCGUGCCCCAUGGGAACGGAUGUUCGGCGCCUCCGUGUUCCGGGAGGAAGGGGAUACGGGGUGCACCCACCGCCAUUUCCAGUCACUCCAGCCUGAGCAACCAGCGUUUUGUGUGUGUUACCACUAUGAAGCUGUUGACGCACAACCUGCUGAGCUCGCACGUCCGCGGGGUGAGCCGCGGCUACCCGCUGCUGCUGCAGGCCUCGGAGGUAAAAAUCAACAACGUGGACUUUAACCAGGAGUUCAUCGCGCGCAUGAUCCCGAAGGUGGAGUGGAACGCACUGGUGGAGACGGCAGAGAGCAUCGGACAUCGGAACGGGCUGCCGCAGGAGCUACCGCAAGCGGGUGAGAGUGACGAGGACUUCCUGCACAAGUUACAUCACGUCCUGCUGGAGGUAGAGGUCGUCGAAGGAGUCCUGAAGUGCCCAGAGUCUGGCCGCGAAUUCCCCAUCUCAAAAGGGAUCCCGAACAUGCUGCUGAACGAGGACGAGAGCUAAUCCGCCCUCGCGGUGAUUGCCCGGCUCGAUCCGGGUUUCCCCGCUGAGCUGGCGGGCGGGGUGGGGGGGGGGGUGGACCCGUUUUAGCUUGCGGCUCUGGAACUGUUCGAGCCGCUCCCGGUAAACCGCCGCGCUGCCGUUCCCGCGGCGGGGUCAGGUCGGAACGGGCGUACGCCUGUGUCGGGGGGGGGGGAGCGCGGCGCUAGGGCGCGGCGGCUGUGGGUUGCGGGAAAACUGGUUGGGAGGGGAUCAAAAGGGUUGCCCCAGGGGCAAUCGUUAUUUAAAAUAAAUUAUCGAUU